CUUUGAAUUGCGUAAUUUCACUCGCGAGGUAAACUUGAUCUAGGAUCGCUUGCCCCCGUUUUUACUUAUUUGGCCGAAAAAUCUAAACACACUUCAGUAGUAACAAAAGUUCGUUGGUUAAACAUUCUUACCACGCGUCUUGGAGGCGCGAGUAUCAGCAGAAGGAUGAUUCAGAACUCACUGCCCUACUUGCUUCCCACUCCGACCGAGAAAAAGCCCACCUACACCGCAACAGAAUUACUGGCCGCAGCGCUUGGUGGUAUAUCCUUCCUCUGGUACAUUCAGUUCUUGUGGAGACGCAGAAAACUCUACCAGCACUCUAGGAGUUUACCGGGACCUUUCGCUUUGCCUCUGAUAGGAUCUGCUCUAUCGUUCGUGGGCAACCCAUAUGAUAUUUUCCAUACCAUCUCGAAGAUGUUCAACACUUACCCGGGAAUCUUUCGAGUCUGGUUCGGCACCAGAUUAUUUUACGCUGUUUCCGAUCCGAAGUAUUUUGAGAUCCUGCUGACCAGUCCAUACGCGCAAGUCAAGGAGAACCUGUACAGUAUGGCGGAACCUGUGAUUGGACAAGGACUUUUUAUUGCACCAGUGUCCAAAUGGAAGAAAAACCGCAAAAUAAUCAUGCCGACUUUCAAUCAGAAAAUCCUGGAUCAGUUCGUCGAAGUAUUCGUCGAAGGGUCUGAGGUGUUGACGCAGGUGUUGCAGAAGCACGCAGGCAAAGGAGAGAUCGACCUUUUCAACAUCAUGUCCAGAUGCACUUUGGACAUCAUAUGCGAAACUGCAAUGGGAGUUAAAGUUCAAGCUCAAACUACAGGUUGCGAAUUCACACAGUGGUCCGAUAGAGUAAUGGAAAUUAUCAUGAUACGGAUUUUCAAUAUAAUUUACCACAGCGAUUCGAUCUUUUAUAAAUUACCGCUCGGCAGGGAACUGCAAUCGGUGGCAGAAAGUAUGAAAUCUUUCACCAGGAAGGUUGUCACCGAGAGAAUUCGAGCCUACAAGAGUAAAUCUUACGAGGAACCGCAGGAGCCAAGGAGGAAAGCUUUCUUGGAUCUACUGCUGGACAUUUCUUACAAGGACAACAAUAGGUUCACCGACGAAGAAAUAUUGGAUGAAACCCUAACGUUUAUGGUAGCCGGGUCUGACACAACUGCCACAACAAACUGCUUUUUGUUCGUUGUUUUGGGCUUGCAUCAGGAUGUACAGCAAAAAGUUCUGGAAGAAAUUCUGGAAUUCGUUGGGCCGAUUAGAUCCGUGGACGUCCAAGACUUGCCAAAAUUAAAGUACAUGGAACGGGUCAUCAAGGAAACGUUAAGGUUAUUUCCCGUGGGCCCUUUCAUAGUCAGAUCUGUCGAAGAAGACGUCGAUUUAGGCGAUCACGUCAUAGCGAAAGGUUGUUCAAUUGUUUUCGGAAUAAGGAGGGUCCAUACCAACGAAGCGUAUUGGCCCGAACCGUUCAAGUUCGAUCCGGACAGGUUCCUACCAGAAGAAAUCUCGAAAAGGCAUUCGUGUUCGUAUGUGCCGUUUUCCUACGGGCCUAGGAAUUGUAUAGGUAUGAAAUACGCCAUGAUGGCGAUGAAAAGUCUAUUGGCGACGGUACUGAGGAAAUUCGAGAUACACACGUCGUACGCCAAAAUCGAAGAUAUAGAACUGAAGACAAAUUUGGUGAUAAGGCCCAAAGAUGGCUUUAAAGUGUCGGUGAAAUCCAGAACGUAAAGUUUACUACGCUAAAUG